AUGGAAAUUCCAUAUACCGUCAAAUUCUGGCUUUUCGUAAUAUUUCUGAUUCCAUCCAUUCCGUGCAGCAUCUUCAAUCUUUAUCAUUUUCUCUUCGAUCGAGCACUUCGUAAAUGUCUUCAUAAUCAUGUUAUUACAAUUCUUCUUUUUCUUGGUCUUAUUUACAUGGUCACUGCCAUCAUCUGGUUUACUCACUUUUAUCGUACUCAGUCGGCAUUAGUAGCAUCACCCAAGUUUUGCCUCAUAUGGGUGUACUUAGACUUCGCUCUUACGAUCACAACAACAAUUCUGGCAGCUUGGGCAUCGAUUGAACGACAUAUUCUAAUUUUUCAUCAAAAUCUCAUUUCAACACCACUCAAACGUUGGAUUUUUCAUUAUUUUCCGUUAAUUAUCUUCACUAUUUAUCCAUUCAUUUUUUAUAUUGUUGGAUUUUUUGUUCUACCCUGUUCUUUUCCAUUUAACUACAAGGCAGAACGGUGUGCACUCGAGGGUUGCGUCGGGUAUAAUGAAAAAAUAUCAAUGUGGGAUAGUUGGGCAAACAAUGUUGUACCAGUUUUAGUGAUCAUUAUCUUUAGUAUUGCUUUGAUUGUUCGUGUGUGGUAUGGAAAACAUCGAAUGGGCCAUCGAUUUCAAUGGAGAAAGUAUCGAAAAAUGUUGUUUCAACUAUUAUCAAUCUCUACUCUCUACUUUGUUCUAUUCCUGCCAGCGAUGAUUUUAUAUGCAGCUUAUGCACUCGGUCUGUCGUAUAGUAUAGGUUUUGAUUUCUUUUUGAAUUACCUAUACUUGUUUUACUUUAUUAUUUUUUUCACUCCAUUUGUAUCGAUUGUUUCCCUACCUGAACUUCGAGAAAAAGUUUGGCAUCUUUUGCUAUUCUGCCGACCACGAACAAGAGCAAUUUUUCCAACGAGAGUACGAAUAGUUGGUACCGUAAACCUACAAAUGGGUAAAAUAACAAAUACUGUUCAACAAACAUAA